UAAACAGCUUGCUUUAUCUGUAACCAUAAGCCAAAUAUCUCUCCCACAAAGUUGCGCAGGCAACCAUGUUGAAACCACAGCCAAGUCUCCUGUCGCAGUUCUCCUCCUCCUCCACCAAAACCCCCAGCUUCCUUUUGCACAAGCCAUUCCUCCAUGGAAAUGGCUAUAGUAUUGCUUCACUUCCAAUACUUUCGAUGCAGUACUCAUUCCACAAGAAAAACAAAAAUGUUCGAAUCGGCUCCGUGCCUGGCAAUAAUAUUAAAGCGGUAGCAACGGCCUCUACCGAUAACGGCGAUAAGGCAACCUCUGUUAAAGCCAUUGUAACUGUGAAACUUACUGUUGGUGUCUUCCUCUCCAGCCUUGUCAUAGACCGAGAUGAUAUAACAGACUGGCUUGGUAAAACACUCCUCUUGGAGCUUGUUAGCGCCCAGCUUGAUCCUAAGACGGGAUUAGAGAAGGAGACAAUCAAAGGGUACGCACACUGGAAGAGCCAAGAUGAAGGGGAGGUGAAAUUUGAGUCAGGUUUCGAAGUUCCGGCAGAUUUCGGAGAGGUUGGGGCCAUUUUUGUGGAGAAUGAGCACGACAAGGAGAUGUAUCUCAAGGAUAUUAGCCUUAAUGGCUUCCCAAAUGGCCCCGUCAAUUUGACCUGUAAUUCAUGGGUUCACUCAAAGCAUGACUAUCCUCAUAAGAGAGUCUUCUUCGUAAACAAGUCAUACUUGCCAUCAGAGACACCAGAAGGGUUGAGGAGGCUAAGAGAAGAAGAGCUUGUCAUUUUGAGAGGAGAUGGAAAAGGAGAACGAAAGACCCACGAGAGAAUUUAUGAUUAUGAUGUCUACAAUGAUAUUGGAGAUCCCGAUAGUAGUGACGAUCUUAAAAGACCGGUGCUCGGCGGAAAGCAAUAUCCAUAUCCUAGGCGUUGUAGAACUGGACGUCCUCGUAGUAAGAAAGAUCCAUUGUCGGAGAAGAGAAGUAGCAACGUCUAUAUUCCAAGGGAUGAAUCCUUCUCAGAAGUAAAGCAGCUAACAUUCUCCGCAAAGGCAUUAUACUCUGUUUUACAUGCAUUGGUACCAUCCCUAGAGAUCGCAAUCGUUGACGGUGAACUCGGAUUCCCUUACUUCACUGCCAUAGAUUCACUUUUCAACGAGGGGGUAAACUUGCCUCCACCUAAUAAAGCACAAAACAAAGGAUCCCUACUCAACAUCCUGCCUAGGCUUGUCAGUAGUAUUACUCAAGCCCAAGAUGAAGUGUUGCGGUUUGAGACACCAGAAACAAUGGAUAGAGACAAGUUCUUUUGGUUUAGGGAUGAGGAAUUUGCCAGGCAGACUCUUGCAGGUCUCAACCCGUAUAGCAUACGGUUGGUCACGGAAUGGCCCUUGAAUAGUAAGCUUGACCCAAAGAUUUACGGCCCUCAAGAAUCAGCAAUCACUACAGAAAUGAUUGAGCGAGAAAUCAAAGGCUUUUGUUCUGUCAAGGAGGCUAUAAGUCAGAAGAAGUUGUACAUUUUAGACUACCAUGAUCUAUUCUUACCCUUUGUGAGCAAAGUAAGAGAAAUUAAAGGCACAACUUUGUAUGGAUCACGGACGCUCUUCUUUCUUACCCCUGAGGGCACGUUAAGGCCGUUGGCCAUUGAGCUAACUCGGCCCCCAAUCGAUGGAAAGCCACAGUGGAGAGAAGUUUUCACACCCUGUUGGGAUGCUACAGGUGUCUGGAUGUGGAGGCUUGCCAAAGCUCAUGUACUAGCCCACGACUCCGGUUAUCACCAACUUGUUAGUCAUUGGCUAAGAACUCAUUGUUGCACAGAACCUUAUAUAAUUGCAACAAACAGACAACUUAGUGCAAUCCACCCAAUCCACAGACUAUUGCUCCCUCAUUUUCGGUACACUAUGGAGAUUAAUGCUCUCGCUCGAGAAGCUCUCAUCAAUGCAGGAGGGAUUAUUGAGAGUUCAUUUUCACCUGAAAAGUAUUCAAUGGAAUUUAGCUCUGUCGCUUAUGACCAGCAGUGGCAAUUCAACCUUGAGGCACUACCAGCAGAUUUACUCAACAGGGGACUUGCUGUUGAGGAUUCAAGUGCUCCGCAUGGCCUAAAGCUGACAAUUGAGGACUACCCCUUUGCUAAUGAUGGCCUUCUCCUUUGGGACACCAUCAAAGAGUGGGUUAGCAACUAUGUCAAUUACUAUUAUCCUAACCCGAGAGCCAUAGAGUCCGAUCAAGAGCUACAUGCAUGGUGGACAGAAAUCCGAACAGUUGGCCAUGGUGACAAAAAGGAUGAAUCAUGGUGGCCGGUCCUCAACACCCCAAAAGACCUUAUACAAAUCAUCACAACAAUCGUAUGGGUGGCUUCUGGUCACCAUGCAGCCGUGAACUUUGGACAAUACACCUACGCUGGUUAUUUCCCAAAUCGGCCUACCAUUGCUAGGAACAAUAUGCCCUCUGAAGAACCUUCUGAGGAAUUUUGUACCAACUUCUUGAGAAAGCCCGAAGGUGCACUCUUACAAUGCUUCCCUUCACAACUUCAAGCAACAAGAGUCAUGGUUGUUUUGGACGUACUAUCAAAUCAUUCUCCCGAUGAAGAGUAUCUAGGGGAGGCAAUAGAGCCGGCAUGGGCUGAGAAUCCACAUAUAAAGGCAGCCUUUGAGAGAUUUAAUGGGAGGUUGAAGCAGCUUGAAGAAAUUAUUGAUAAGAGGAAUGCCAAUAGGGACUUGAAGAACAGAAACGGGGCUGGUAUUGUGCCAUAUGAGCUCUUGAAACCCUUUUCCGGACCUGGAGUGACUGGAAAGGGAGUUCCCUAUAGCAUUUCCAUUUGAAAUGGAAAAUGCAUAUUUUAGAAUUCGUUUCAUAAGUUAUAAAGGGCUUGUGUGAGUUGUCAUAUUUCGAAAAAUAAUAUUAUGGGAUGAA